GCGACGUAAGCAUGGGUCGAUCCAAUGAGCAGGCGGGAGGUGAGGAGAUGGGCUGGGCGAAGACGAUAGUAAAGCUGGGUUACGCUCUCCUGGCGUCGCUCAACUUUUGUUUCGCUUGGCCCACCCUCGUCCGUCCACGGAGGGUGAAAUAAAAAAGAGCGAAGGAAUAUGAGUGUGUGGAUGUGUGAGCGCCUCUCUCCUGUCAAAAAGUGGUCGGCGAAGCAAAGCCAGGAGUGGACGUCGCCAACAUCGAACGUGCACCGAGUGGGGAAUCCUGCCGAUUAACCGCUGGCCGUUCUAGAGCGUCCGUAUCCCGGAGUGACGGCGCGAGGCCAACUGCCGGUGCGCGAGAGCGUGGAGGGGGAGGGAGGGAGGAGUGCGGGAGAUACGAGGGAACACUUGCCCUGCUCUGAUUUCCCCCUCCCCCCUUUCAUUUGAUACCCUCCCUUCCCACAACUUAAUUCCCCUGCAGUAAUCGGGGUUUGGGAGUGGAGAAAUCAUCUUCUUCUGAAAGGGACAGUGUGGGGUUUAUUUUAAAAGGAAAAAGGAGGGGGGGGUGUGUGUGACAACGGCACCUUCUUUCUCUUCGCUUCCCCCCAAGCGAAUGGGUUCGAGAGGGUGAGAAGAUGGCAGCGACGGACCUGUGAGAGUGAAGCGUGAAGCGGCUCACAUCUCCCUUCUCAGGACCCCCUUUCAACAGCAUCGACCCCGUCGCAGUCCGAGUUUGUGAAACCCCUAUUUCCAUUCACCCCGCCAUGGCUCCGAGUCACGGGGUACGGCUUUAAUACUUUUUUUUGUGUGAUUACGAUCCUGCAGUGAAGCGAAGCCGGGCGUCCCAGCGCCGAGAGCCUCCUCCUCCCCAAGCCUCCUUUCCCCCUUUCUCUCCGUCCACUCGGGCAGCGUCUGAGUCUCCCCAUCAUGAGCGAAGGGACCGCUUCCGCCACGGCCGGCUCCCCGCUGGACAUCGACAUCGACCCGGACUUCGAGCCGCAGAGCCGGCCCCGCUCCUGCACCUGGCCCCUGCCCCGUCCAGACCUGCCCGCCUCCUCUUCCCCGGGCAAGAGCGAGCCCACCGACGCUGCCCAGAUGAUCCCCGAGGAGGAAGAAGAGGAUGAAGAAGACUUGCUCGGCUCCGCUGCCGCGGGAGAGCCGGAGUCCGAGCCGCCUGGAGGAGACGCUUUGAAGAAGAAGCAGCAGGAGCAGCAGCGACCGGCGGGGCUGAGCGGCCCCCGAGGUUCUCGCUCACCAUCCUCGGCCCAUUCCCCCGGAGGCGGCGGCGGCCUCAGUGCAGGAGGAGGCGCGGGGCCCCAACAGCGGAAAGCCUCGUCCCGCAGGAACGCCUGGGGUAACAUGUCGUACGCAGAUCUGAUCACGAAAGCUAUUGAGAGCUCCCCAGACAAGAGACUAACCCUGUCCCAGAUCUACGACUGGAUGGUCCGCUCCGUGCCCUACUUCAAGGAUAAAGGAGACAGCAACAGUUCGGCCGGCUGGAAGAAUUCAAUCCGCCACAACCUUUCGUUGCACAGCAGAUUUAUCAGGGUGCAGAAUGAAGGUACAGGCAAAAGUUCUUGGUGGAUGAUCAAUCCAGACGGUGGAAAAGGUGGAAAGUCUCCACGAAGACGUGCUGUUUCUAUGGACAAUAGCAACAAAUACGUAAAAAGCAGGGGAAGAGCAGCAAAGAAAAAGGCAGCUCUGCAAGCUGCACAAGAGGCUAAUGCUGAAAGUCCAUCGCAACACACAAAAUGGCCUGGUAGCCCAACAUCCCGAAGUAGCGAUGAAUUUGAUGCAUGGACAGACUUUCGUUCUCGUACAAACUCAAAUGCUAGUACUUUGAGUGGGCGGCUUUCUCCUAUAAUAGCCAAUCCUGAACUAGACCAUGUGCAAGAUGAUGAUGCUGCUCCAUUGUCUCCCAUGCUGUACUCCAGUCCAUCCAGUGUUUCCCCCACUGCAAGUAAACCAUGUUCUGUUGAGCUGCCUAGGUUGACUGACAUGGCUGGAACCAUGAACUUGAAUGAUGGAUUGGCAGAACACCUGAUGGACGAUUUACUGGAUAACAUUAGCUUGACUCCUACUCAGCAGUCAUCGCCAGGAGGUCUUGUGCAAAGGAGCUCAAGUUUUACUUUCGGCUCAAAGAGUUCUGGUUUGGGCUCUUCAAACGGUUUCAGUAAUUCAAUAUUUGGGCCACCUGCUUUGAAUGCUUUACGUCAGACUCCCAUGCAAACCAUUCAGGAAAAUAAGCAAGCUACUUUUUCUUCCAUUUCUCGUUUUGGCAGCCAAACUUUGCAAGAUCUUCUUGCAUCUGAUUCUUUAAGUCACAGUGAUGUCAUGAUGACUCAGACCGAUCCUCUGAUGUCACAGGCGAGUUCGGCAGUGUCUUUACAAAACUCACACAGAAAUCUGCUUCACAAUGAUCCAAUGAUGUCAUCAUUCCCCACCCAAUCUAAUGCAGCAAAUCAUAAUCCACUGCAUCGCCAGUCUCCACCUCAGAGUUCUGCACUUAGUGGCGAUAGUGUCUUGUCAAACUCCAUGAGUCAUGUAGCUUUACCAACAGACUCUAACACAAACUCUAGUAAGCAUCAGCUUCAGUCAUCUGCCAAUCAGUCUAUGCAAAUAGGAUUGUCAGACACAUUAUCUGGCCCUCUGUCAUAUCCUGGUAGUAUGAUUCUUCCUGCUGUGGGUCAAGAUAGGUUCCCUAGUGAUCUGGACUUGGAUAUGUUUAAUGGAAGUUUAGACUGUGAUGUGGAAUCCAUCAUUCGCAAUGAACUCAUGGAUGCAGAUGGGUUAGACUUUAACUUUGAUUCACUUAUAUCUGCUCAGAAUGUUGUGAAUCUGAAUGUGGGAACCUUCACUGGUGCUAAACAAACAUCGACACAGAGUUGGGUUCCAGGUUGAAAUCGCCUAAUAGUGGCGGAAGCAGGUUAGUGAACUGAAGACUUUUGCCAAAUCUGCUGUCAAGAUAGGAGAGGGGGAUAGUUCUUGGAACUGCAUAUCAAUACAAAAGUUGUAAACCAGAAGAAUGCGAACUCAAGUUAAAAUGAAUCCUGAACUGUCUGAAAAUGAAAUUGUUGUAAAGUUUCCCCGGUGUCCCAUGUAACCCUGUAAAAAUUGUUGAUUGAUACGGGUAGGUGCAUAUUUUAAGUUUUAGUAUUCCUGUCUGAGAUCAGCAUCUGCCCACAGCCUCCAUUGUAUAGCUAUCAUUGAAGUAUUGGUGGAAUGGGACUGAUGAACAGUGUCAUCAAAGGUAUGAAUACUGAUGAAGAAAUGAACACAUACUUACUGAAUAAAACAAGACAAAUUGGCAUCAUCAGAAUGCCAGAAGAUUUAUUAUACAGAUGAAGGUUUCCAUCCUUGUUAAUCUGCUAAUCUGCAGUUGAUUAACAGGUAUUUUUAAGUAAUUUGAAACUGCAUGACCUUAAUAAUAGAAGUUGAAGUGUGACUUUGAGCAAACUUUACAAUUUAUGACCCUACAUUGUUUGGUCUUUUAUAAUAGUGUCAAGGAGCCCAGUUUAAUGGUAGUGGGUAGGGAAGGGAUGAUUUUAAAAAAGAGCAUUAAUGUUUCGAUAUGGCAUCUAACUGGGAAUAAUACUGCUUGUAAAUCUUUUGCUUAAUUUUACAAAGCAAUCUUUUGAACAAAUCUUUAUCUUGAGAGAGUUAAGUAGUUGGAAGAGGAGCGACUUUCAUAUGUUUACAAAUUAUCUUAUUUUAGAGAGAACAGCCAAAAUUUUCUCUCUGAAGUAAUCUUUGCAUGAAUUGAAAUCUAAAAUGUAUUCACAAGAUUGGAAAAUUUGACCUAUAUACACAUCCAUCAUUGUAGAGAACUUUCUAAGAAGUGCAUCUUUUUAAUGCAAUUUUGAAAAUUUUCUUUCUUACCCAUUGAGUACAGAUUUAUCUGUUCUAAGGACAAAUCAUAUCAGCAGAUAACAAACUGCCUCCCUUCUGAACAAAGCCCACCUUGGUCAACUGUAAUGUAUUUUUUCUGUAGAUACAUUUACAUUUCAGUUGAUUUGCAUACUGCAUUUCUGUAUGGCAUUUGUACAUUUAUUGAAAGUUUUGUGUAAUCUUGAUCAUGUUUUUGCAGAGUUUCUAUAUAAAUACAGACCAGCUCAGAUUACAUCAAUUUAUGCAUUUUUCUUCAAACUUGUGUAAGAUUUUCUCUAUACAAAAGGGUGAUGCACAUUUAUAUUUUAUGGGCAGAGACAAAUCAUUAUUAUGCAUGACUAUUCAGUAGGUAAAUUAGUUUGUCUCAGUUCAUUGCAUGAAAUUCCAGGUUGUCACGCUCAUUGAUGUUAGUGCCCCUGGAGAGCUAGCAGUGAAACAAAAUGUGAUUGAAUAUUGUUGUAUAACUUGGCCGUCUCGUAUAAAUGGAUACUAGUCCUUUCAUCAUGCAAUUUACUAUUCUAUUUGUAGAAUGAUAGCAUAUCAAUUAUGUAAAUGAGUUUAAGAUGGUAUAUUCAUUCUAGCUGUUUCUGUUCAGCAUUUUCACUAAAUUUGUAAUAUUUAAGUAACUUCUAAAUCAGUAUUUGGAGAGUUCUGCACAAGUCAGUUUUCUUGAAUUUGCAUGGUAGAAUAGCAAUUAAAUUGCUUAUGUUCCUGAUAUGCUAUGUUUGGGUCUUACUAAAAUUGAAUCAGUCACUUAGUGUUAGUUCUCAUCCAGGCUGUAAAGGUUUGGCAAAUCUCAGGAUGUGGUGAGAAGGUUCUGCAGGGGUGUACAGCAAAUGCACAUUCACACAGCUUCAUGAUGCAAGUAUAUUUGUUGAAAUGACAGACCAGUUGAUAAGUGUAAAAUAAAAAUACUUCUACUGCAAACGCUUACAAAACCAAACUAAUUUUAAACAUACUUCAUAUUAGUCUGACCUUUUAAAACUCAUGUAUCCAGUUUACUGCUCUGUGCAAGAUUAAAUUUUGUAUGCAAAUUACUGUCUUAGCUCACUCUAACAUGGCUCACAUCAUCAAUCACUUGCCUGUUGGUUAAAUAUAUUUGGUAUGAUGAAGCUGCCAUAGUUCAAGAUUCUGAAACAGGCCAUGCAAUAUUUUAUUUUUAUGUCCACCCUUUGGUUAAUUUGGCCCAUGUAUGUUAUUCAGAUUUUGCGAUGUUUAGCAUUGGUUAAAACUGAGUUGUGAAUGCCCUAAUCUUGUUUUUACAAUGCAUAUACUUUGAGUUGCAAGAAGUCUGUAAAACCACUAUAUUGAGAAAAGGUAUACUGUGUAAUGGUACAGAUGAAUAUACUAUCUUCUCUUAUUUCUUCACACCCCCACCUCAAACUCAAAUGUUAGUUUUAACAGGAAAAGGAUGGUUCUUUUGAACUGUGGGUUUUUAAUUGCAUAAAUUAUUGGUAUGUAUUGCCCUGUGUAUUUCAUUAAUCUGUGCUCUUAAAAAAAGAGUACGCAUGUAAAAUAAAGC